AUGGCCGAGUUGAUGGCGCGACUGCUCGCCUUUCCGCCGGACAAGAAGAACAUCAGCCCGAAAGAGUACGACACCAAGGCGCGCGAGUAUGUGAAAGAUUUGUGGAAGCUCUCUGAGAAGGACCUGAACAAGGAGGUUGAUAAGAAGAAUGUCCUCGAGCUUCUCAAUCCGGCUGUGAACUCGAUCGCAUACGCCGCCGCGCUCUAUAUCCAGCUGGAUCUGAACUCCAAGAACAAGCAAAAGUCCGCUCAACUAACCGAGCUCCUCGCCAUCUUCCUGUCCGAAUUCGAUCCGAUACAAGUGCGAUUCAUCGGGGAAACAUGGCACAGCUUGUUUUUGACCGCCGCGAACGCUGUGGAGCAAGGCGCAUUCGACUUCUCCCUGCUCGUCAGUGCACUGCUCAGGCUUGAUCCUACUGCCGGCACAUUCACCGACCUCCACCUCGAGCUCGUACGGCUGGCCCUCGCCAAGGGUGUUUCUAGCCAGGUACUUCCGAUUCUCGACAAGGACAUCUACGCUUUCCCGCAGAAAUCCGUGAAGAACGUGCAGGAAGACUUUUUGAGCGAGGAGCAUGAGUUCAGCAAUGCAUACAUCACCGAGAAGUCGGGCUUCACGGAUAAGCUGUCAUCAGACAACGUUCUCGAGUACUAUCUGCUGGGUGCACACAUCUACAUCGGCCGCCGGGAUUUCAGCCGAGCGCGCUUAUUUCUGGAAUAUGUCUUGCUUUCACCGACCCAAGCCCACUCCGCGAGCGCUCUGCAGGUUGAGGCGUACAAGAAGUGGGUAUUGAUUGGGUUACUGUCGGAAGGCAGACCAUUGCCACUCCCGAAGACUUUCGAUCAGGUCAUUGUCAAGAACAUCCGGGCGCUGGCGAAGAUGUACGACUCUUUGGCGGACUCCUUCGAGAAGCGGGAUUACAGAAAGUUCGAGGCGGAGAUGCAAAUGGGAGAGGCCGUGUGGGAGGACGAUGGUAACAUCCGUCUGGUCACUGAGGCCAGCAGUGCGCUCCUGCGCUUCCGCGUCAUCGACUUGCAGAAGACAUAUGCUGCACUGCCCGUGUCUCGCGUUUCUCACUUGAUCGACCUGCCUGCCGAUACUACCGCGCAACUGCUCACAGACAUGAUCAGCCGUGGUUACCUCAACGCCAGCAUUGCAAGCUCUGGCGCCGGCGCCGUGCUACGGUUUCACGACACGUUGUCAUAUCCCACCGCCGCGGUGGACGGAGACCUGGAGAGCCACACCGCGCGGGUUCAAGCGCUGGUGGGUUUCGUUCGCGACGCCGACUACCGACUGCAGCUCACGAAGGAAUACGUGGACACGAUGAAACGCGCGAAGCGUCAAGGUCCCGAUAGUGAUCUCGCGGAGGCCAUGGAUCUCAGUUGGGAGCAGCCGAUGGUGCCAGAUGAUGAAGACGGCGACGAGGACAUAAUGGGACCGUAG